CUUCUACCGUCGUAUACGCCGCAGCAGAGACCCCGUGGGCAGCAGCCUGUCACUCCAGGAUCAGACCCCGAGGACGAGUUGGGCGAAGACGAAGAGGCGGGUGAGGGACUUGGAAGGGAAGAGGACCAGGACGAAGCGGAGGAGGAGGAAGAGGAGGAAGAAGAGCAAGAGGACGACGAUGAUGAAGGGGAACAAGACGAAUUAGAGGCUGUUGAAGGCCAGAGCUAUGAAGAGGAUCUAGAAGAAGAAAAGGACUCUUCAGCUCCUAUACCGCCUAAUCUCCGUGAAAUAUCAUCUCUCGCAUCGUGGACAGUCUCGACAUACAAGCCUGGCAGCGGCGUGGCUGCUCUCCGCCAUCCUUCUCCAAACCAGUUCUGGCAGUCUGACGGACCACAACCACACACUCUCUCCCUACACUUCUUCAAGCGCGUCUCCAUUGUCCGGAUACGCGUGUACCUAGACUUCGAACUCGACGAGAGCUAUACCCCUACAAAGAUGGUCUUUCUGGCUGGCAUGGGUGGUAACGAUCUAGUUGAAUUUGCUACGUGGCAAGGAGAGACGCCCUGUGGAUGGGUGGACAUAAACCUCGAGGGAGUCGGAGGCAGGCAUCAGAAGAUAGGCAAGCUGUCUGCACGCGAGGAACGGCGCAAGGCAGCGAAGUCUAAGUCUAAGGCGACUAGCGGUUCUGAAGACAGCGAUGUAUCUGCUGCCGAAGACGAAGACGACAGUGAUAACCUUACCCCUGAUCUGCUCCAAGAUGAUGACGAUGGCGAUGAUGACGACCCGUCAGACGGUAACGUCUUGAAGCUGAUGGUGCUGCAGGUCAAAGUAUGUGAGAAUCACCAGAAUGGCAAAGACACGCAUGUUCGCGGGUUCCAGGUCUUUGCUCGAGAUGACAAGUACUACGCCCGCAUGGGCAGGGGUGAUAAUGGCCAGAAACUGCUCCAUCAUGAUCUCGGGGCAGGCGUCUUGCACUCUGACGAAGCUGAGCUAGAAGCCGAGAAUGCUCCCAAAUUUGACGAGGAAGACUGGAUGAUGGAGCCAGAGCUAAGAUGA